GUGUUGAUUGUUAAUUAAUUUUACAAAUGGUAUUUAUUAGUAUGUUUAAUUAACUAAUCAUAAUAAUAUAAUAUAAACAAUUAAAGACAUUUUUAACAAAUUAAAAACAAAAAAUAAAUUAAGUAUUUAUGACAAUAAAAAUGUUGCUGACGAGAUUAAAACAAUUAAGCUGGAGGAAUAAGUUACUUGUACCAAAAUAUUAUUCAACAAAUAUUGACAAUGAUAAAUUUGAUGUUAUUGUAAUUGGUGGUGGACAUGCAGGAACAGAAGCAUCAGCAGCUGCUGCAAGAAUGGGAGCUAAAACUCUUCUUAUAACUCAUAAAAAAAAUAAAAUUGGUGAAAUGUCAUGUAAUCCAUCAUUUGGUGGUAUUGGAAAAGGUAAUCUUGUUAGAGAAGUUGAUGCACUUGAUGGUUUAUGUGCAAGAAUAUGUGAUUUAUCUGGUGUACAUUAUAAAAUAUUAAAUAAAAGAAAAGGUCCAGCUGUAUGGGGUUUAAGAGCACAAAUUGAUCGUGAUUUAUAUAAAAAAAAUUUACAAAAUGAAUUUUUUAAUAUGAAAAAUCUUGAAAUACGUGAAUCAUCUGUUGAUAAUUUAAUAAUAUCGGAAAAUAAAAAAUGUUGUGGUGUUAUAUUAAAAGAUGGUAAAAAAAUUAAUAGUAAUGCAGUUGUAAUAACAACUGGUACAUUUUUAAAAGGACAAAUAAAUAUUGGAUUAGAAAAAUAUCCAGCUGGUAGAAUUGGUGAUGAGCCAAGUAUUGCAUUAUCAAAUACAUUAUAUAAUUUAAAUUUUCGUAUGGGUAGAUUAAAAACUGGUACACCACCACGUUUAAAAAAAUCAACAAUUGAUUUUACAAAAUGUACAAUACAAUUACCAGAUAAUAUACCAGAACCAUUUUCACAAAUGAAUAAAAAUGUAUGGAUAAAUCCCACUGAUCAAUUACCAUGUUAUAUGACAUAUACAACUGAUAAAGUUGCUAAAAUAAUACGUGAUAAUUUACAUUGUAAUUUACAUGUUACUGAAGAAAUAAUUGGACCACGUUAUUGUCCAAGUAUUGAAAGUAAAAUAUUAAAAUUUAAAAAUCCAAUUCAUCAAAUAUGGCUUGAACCAGAAGGACUUGAUUCUGAUAUAAUAUAUCCUGGUGGUUUAUCAUGUACAUUACCAGCUGAUAAACAACAAGAACUUGUUAAUUCAAUAAUUGGUCUUGAAAAUGCUGUUAUUAUUAGACCAGGUUAUGGUGUAACAUAUGAUUAUGUUGAUCCACGUGAAUUAACAUAUCAAUUAGAAACUAAAAAAAUUAAUAGCUUAUAUUUAGCUGGACAAAUUAAUGGUACAACUGGCUAUGAAGAAGCUGCUGCACAAGGUAUUAUUGCUGGUACAAAUGCUGCAGCUAAAAUAUUAAAUAAACCACCAUUAAUUAUUGGAAGAACUGAGGGUUAUAUUGGUGUACUUAUUGAUGAUUUAACAACUCAAGGUACAAAUGAACCAUAUAGAAUGUUUACUAGUCGUGCAGAAUUUCGUCUUAGUCUUAGACCAGAUAAUGCCGAUUUAAGAUUAACUAAAAAAGGUUUUAAUAGUGGUUGUGUAUCAGAAAAAAGAAUGAAUUGUACAAUUGAAUUGGAAAGUAAAUUAAAUGAUGCAAUAUAUAGAUUAAAAAAUAUACAUAAAAGUACAACAAAUUGGUCGAAACUAUUGGGUAUUAAAGAAACAAAAUUUGCUAAAGGUAAAAGUGCAUUUACUAUUUUAACACAAACACAAGAAGAUUGUACUUUUGAAGAUAUAGUUAAUGCACUUCCUGAUGAAUUUGGUGAUCUUGGUGGUGAUUCAAUUUUAGCUAAAAGAAUAAAGAUUGAAGUAAUGUAUGCAAAUGCAAUUAGAGAACAACAUAAUGAAGUUGAAGAAGUUCGUAGACAUGAAAAAAUGAUGAUACCAGAUAAUUUUAAUUAUGAAAUGAUAAAUAUUUCAACAGAAGAUAGAGAAAAACUUGUAGCAAUUCAACCACAAACUGUCGCUGGAGCCACGAGGAUAGCAGGUGUUACACCAGCAGCUGUAUUGAGAAUUGUUCAAAAACUUCAAAAAACAGAUUGUACAUUUUAAUAAUUAAUAAUAAUAAAUUAAAUGAAUGUAAAUAUUUAUUACAAAGAAUAUAAUUA